UUUAGGAUUUCUUAAGAGAAGAGGCGAGGCUGGUAUUUGAAACCGACCUCAUCGUCCAUCAUUUGUGGCCUCGAUCAGUUUGCCGGUUCUUCUCGCCCGAAUCUUGCGAGUAAGGUACAGUACCCAUCAUUUAGGUGCCUUGUUCCCGAACGGCGGACCUUCACAUUCCAAUUCGACAUCGGCGCCGUUCUCAUCACCCGAAGAGCGCAACUGCUCCAGAACAAAGAGCUGAAAAGCCCGGAACUGCGGGCGCGACAAGCCUAACACGACGAUGCGCCUCCCAUCGAUACCUACAUCCACCAUCACAACCAUCACAACCACCACAGCUGCUACCCUCCUCCUCUCGCUCCUCACCCUCCAUGGAGCUCUCGCAGCCCGCGCCCGCCCCAAGGACGCAGUCCUCCUCUCCGAGGUCCAAGCCCUGACGCUGCACGAACCAGACAAGAUGACGACGUCGCGACGGACGCCGCCGAUCCCGCAGCUGCGGUGCGUCUCGCCGGCGGCGCUCUGCCGGCUCGCGGGGCCCGUCCGCACCAUGCGCUGCACCAACCAGGGGGCCGGGGCCGGGUACGGCGGGGCCGAGGAUGUCGCGUGGGCGUGCAGCGUGGCCGGGGGGGCGGGCGGCGGCCUGCCGCGCGCCGUCCGGCUCGACCGCACCGACGUCCUCUGCGAGGGGUACGCCUCCCCCGACGACCCGUACGUCCUCCGCGGCAGCUGCGGCGUCGAGUACACCGUCCGCCUGACCGAGGAGGGCCGGCGGCGGUUCCCCGAGCUCGUCGGCGUCGACGACGGACAAGAAGGAGGAGGAGGAGGAGGAGGAGGAGGGCCCGCCGGGGAGAAGGCGGCCUGGUUGUUCUGGCUCCUCUUCUUCGCCGUCCUCGCGUGGAUUGCCUAUGGUGCCUGGACUCGGCGGGGGACGCCGGGACCGAGGCCGUCCGGUGGGACCAACAGGAGGGGAUGGGGCGGAGGUGGUAGUAGUGGCGGUUGGGGACCGGGAUUCGGACCCGGACCCGGCGGAGAGGACGAUCCGCCACCGCCGUAUCCCGGGUUUGGGCCCAAGCCUUCUUCGUCGACAGAGUCGGCGUGGAGGCCUGGGUUCUGGUCCGGUUUGGCGAGCGGAGCCGCGGCCGGAUACAUGGCGGCGAAUCGCGGGCAGCGGAGUCAUGACCGGAACCGCGGCCGCGGCCGCCGAGGUGGGUUAUGGAGAGACAAUGACGGUCCCGGGGGUUGGUGGUCGGGGUCGGGGUCGGGUUCGGCGCCCGGGCCCGGGUCCGACUCUGGCCUCGGCUCCGCGUGGGGUGCCAGACGGUCGUCGAGCUCCGGCUCAGGCUCGCGACACGAAAGCACGGGUUACGGGUCGACGAUUCGUCGCUGAGUGCCCCGGACGGUCUUGAAACUUUGGAUAUCAAUAGCUCGGCUCUGUACAGUAACCCUGACUCCUUUGUAACGCCUGCUCUGUAUC